UCAGUUUCGCGUCGAAAUGCGUCUCACGCUGGUCACUCCGUGUUGGCUCCGGAUUCCGUACGAGGAGAAGCGGCUCAUCGCAUGUCUGGCGGGCUUCGGGACGACCGUCUGCAGCGUGUACCUGCUUACGACGGCUGGGAGAUCACUGGGGUCCAACGAUGAGACCAGCCCUUGCUUCUCGGGAAACAGUGCGUACAAUCUGGAGGUCACUCUGGUCGUUGUUCUAGCCGUGCUGUAUCUGGUAAUGAGUGGAGCCUUUUUCUGGGGCAUCCUAAGGGAGAAAGCCAAAUAUUUGCUGCCCUUUUUGUGCUUUCUGGUAGCGGCCACGGGCUUCCUAGGCCAUGCUCACAUCGAUUGGAUGCUGUUCGAAGCUGGAACAGGCGAGAGACAGCUGGGCAUCAUUGCAUUCAUCUGGACAACGCUGGUUUUAACAUUCACCAGCACCAUCAUACUCCUGCUCUACCGAGAGAUGAACUCUGGAAAGCAUUCAAAGGCGAAGAAUUUUGAGGUAUUUUACAACAGCGAGCAUUAUUAGCUAUAAGCGUAACGGCGAUAAGAACGAGGACUGCGACUUAUGUUAUUGUUAUGGUUGAGCGUGAUUUAUUGUGUCGAUUCCAAACAACUCGAAUCCAGUAAAGAAAGUUUCAAUAACGGCUUAGUUUUCAUAGUUUUCAUGUUCAAUGUGAACAGAUUCUAGCAGCUUACCAAAGUUUAUUUCAAUAAAAUCGAAUGCGAGAAACGCCA